CGUUUCUCUCCCCUGUACCUCGAUGGCCCUCUUUUCGACUUUCUCAGAAGUUAUGAUUGAUCCAAGUAAAUGAAAUAAUGGACAACUAUACAAAGCAUCUUAAAUUCAAAAAUAUUAGUGUGUAUAUUGGUAAUAAACAGAUUUUACAUGAUGUUAGUGGCAUUGCAGAGCCAGGAAAGUUAUUGGCCAUUAUGGGACCCAGUGGAGCAGGAAAAACAUCAUUGUUAAAUAGCUUGGCAGGUAGACAGACAAUAACAUCAGGGGAAAUAACUCUGAACAAUUCAGCAUUCACCAAAGAUUUGAAAAGGAGGAUCUGUUAUGUACUACAACAGGAUGUUUUCUUUGAGACUUUGACGCUGAGAGAAACUCUACAAUUUGUUGCCAAUAUGAGAUUACCAGACAGCCUUACCAACAAAGAGAAACAGAAGUUUUUGGAUGGCAUUAUCAAUGACUUACACCUGAAAAAGUGUCUAGAUACAUUAGUUGGAGGUGGAAUGAUACCAGGUUUAUCUGGUGGAGAGAGAAAGAGAGCCAAUAUUGCUUGUGAAAUGUUGACAGAUCCUUCCCUCAUUUUACUAGAUGAACCAACAACAGGUUUAGAUGCCAGUACAGCUUACAGUUUGAUUCAUACUCUCAAGACAUUGGCACAAACCAAGAAUAAGACAAUUGUAGCAACCAUACACCAGCCAUCAUCUAAAAUGUUUUAUCUUUUUGAUAAACUUCUGCUGUUAUGUAAUGGACAGAUGGCAUACUUUGGUGAAACUAGACUUGUUGUUGAUCAUUUUGAAGAUGCAGGAAUUCCAGUGCCAUCGUGGUACAACCCAGCUGACUUUAUUAUGGAAAAGAUGAAGGAAAGUGUCGAUUUGCAGCACAAGAUAAUUGCUGCAGGAAAGAAGAUCAAGAACAUAUUAAAUUUUGAAGAGGAAACAUAUAGUAAUGAUCCAGGCUCGCCCUCAAUGGAUGGAAAAUUCGACUUUGAAUUUAAAGCUCCUUCAAAGACAGAGAAAGUGAAAUUCUGGAAGAAGAAAUCUCAGAAAGAAGAAAAUGUCCAUUCAAGUUUAAUGGAAAUAGACAAAGAUUCCAAAUUGAACAUAGGAGAGACUACAAAAUGGCCUACAGGAUUUUUUACACAGUACACUAAUUUGACAAUAAGAUCAUUUAAGUUGUCAAAGGGCAGAAUUCUGGAUAAAACAAAGAUAAUAGAAAAUGUUAUUAUCUGUGCUAUUGUUAGCCUGAUUUGGUUCCAACUUCCAAGAUCUGAAGACACACUAAGAGACAGAAUGGGAGCAGUAUUUUUUAUUGGGAUGCACUGGGGAUUUAUUCCAAUGUUUGAUGCUGUUACUUCAUUUCCAUUAGAGAAAAUUGUAAUAAACAAAGAGAGGGCAGGAGGUUGGUAUAGACUGUCAGCUUACUUCCUUGCCAAGUGUACCAGUGAGCUCCCCUUGAUACUAUUACAGCCACUGUUCUUUGUCACGGUGGCAUAUUGGUGUAUUGGUCUUAGUGGUGUGGCUGAAUUCUUUGCAACCAUGGGCACUGUGUUCAUAACAGCUUUAGCUGGCCAGAGUAUAGGUUUAUUUCUUGGUGUAGUUAACACAGAAAUAAGACAAGCCAUUACAAUAACUAUACUUAUUCAAAUGGCCAUUAUGUUGCUAGGUGGUUUAUUUACUCGAACAUUACCAUUGUGGUUAGAUUGGACAAAAUAUUUAUCCUUUAUACAUUAUACAUUCCAUUCACUAAUGUAUUUAGAAUUCAAGAAUGGACCAGCAGUCGGAUGUUCGUCACAGCUUAAUUCCACAGUAUUUCCGGUAUGCAGAGAAGCAAAUGCUACAAUGAUCCCAUCUGAAAUCCUCCUUGAAUAUUAUGGUAUCAAGUGGAAUUACUGGCAGUAUCUCCUUCCAUUGUUUGCUAUUAUAGUAGUUUUCAGGUCUUUGUGUUAUAUAAUAUUAAGAUAUGUCCACAGACCGGUGUGAUACAAUUUUAGUACUUUCUGUAUGUAUAUGAUUAAUCUUUGAGACAUAUAUAAAUAUAUAUAGUGUUCAGUGGUAUUUUUAUCAUUCUAAAAAUUAUGAUACUGUAAAUGAUUAGGGGUGCUAGUUUUAUGGGAUUUCUAUUUUGAAUAAAAUCCAAAAUAUUCAUACACAAAGUACUACAAACCUUUCAAUGAAUUGUUUUGUUGAGUUGUUAUCCAUGAAUUAAUGAAUCCAUUAAAAAAUUAUUUACCAGAAAAUAAAAGAAAACUGGGGCCCUGAUAAAAUAUUUUCAUAAGAUCUAAAUUACUUAUUUUUAUGUUACUUGAAUACAAAAUUUGAUAUUAAGGGCUUGCAUCGGGAUAGUAGAACCCUAUAGUUUUCACUAAGUCUGUCUGUCAACAAUUUUUUUUGUGUAAGCCAAAAACUCCAAAAGUGUGGAUAGGACUCAGAUGAAACUAUGUGCAGUUGUUGUGCAUAAUAUGUAAAUGUGCAUAUCUUUUUAUUGUAAAAUUUGUAAAAUUAUUUUUGAAAAUUUUUUUUUUUUGUUAAUGCUACAUAGUUGACAAUCAAAAUAUUAUAUUUUUUUUGUUCAAACAUUUAUAAAAGCCUAAUUCUGAAAUAAUAUUUCACUAUAGGCUGUCAGAUUUGGUUCAGUUUGGUCAAAAUAAGCUUAAAAAACAUCAAUGAUGUAUUAUUGGCUUGCAAGUCAAUAUUUCAACUCAUUUGAAUCCUCCUUCAUGUUAUUCAUGAGAAUUACAAUUUAACCCUUUACUGGGAUGAGCUAAGCAUGUUCAGUUAUAAAAAAGAAAAAAAUGUCAAAAGUGAAAGAAAGGCAGCCACCGGGAAUAUCCCUUCGUUGACUGAUUCUGCCCACAAAAAAUCCUUCAAACACAGGUAAAAUGAUGAUUUACAUAUUUUUUUAAUCUAUGACAUGAAAUCAAACAGACUAUUGCACAUGCUUGCCUGUGUAUUUAUUAUAUAUAUAUAUGUUAACAUCAGGUCAUAUGACCUACAGAAUUCUUGGGAGAUUAUUAAAGGGGCAUUAGCUGUCAUAUUCAUGUUCCACGAUUUGACUCAAAAUCUCAUAUUUUAUCUAUAACUUGCUAAAACAUUUAUCCAAAUCAAAAAAAGUAGUAAAAACAUGCACAAUAUUAAAAUAAAUGUUCAUUAAUGGUGUUGUUUUGUAGUAUUUUAGGUUUUUUUUCCUAUCUGCCAUGAGUUUUUUUUUUAUGUUUAGCUAAUUCUUAAGGGCCCAUGUCACCUAUAUUCCUCAGAUAUUGUCUGUUGUCUUGCCUUACUUUGUUGUUGAUUUUCUUUUUGCUCAUUUGAAUCCUAACUUUUAAAACUACAGAAACUAUUUAUAAAGUUAAAUUACAAUUUCUGUAAACAGAAUCUCAAUUUAUUUCUAUAGCUUUUGUUUGCCAAUGCAUAUCAAUAUUUGCAGUUUUGUCAUUGAAAAUAAGUUUACUGGCCCAGCUAACACAUUGCAAUACACUUAAUCUACAACCAUCAAAUCAAACAUUUAUGGCAUCAGUUACUUUUAUCAGUAGAGUUAUCAUAAUUUACAUAUUUCAUUAUGUUAAGACAUUAAUUCAAUAUUGUCAACCAGAAUCUGAUCAUACUAGUAUACUGUUAUAGACCUAGCCGAUGCUAUACUUCAUCUCUUUUCUGUUUUAUGUAAUACUUGUGCAUUACUAAAAAAUGUAUUUGUUCUUGGAACAUAAAGUUAAAGAGAAAUUAUCUACGAAAUUGUAAAAACUAUAAAGCUGCUUACAUGAAGUAAUUUUAUAGAUAUGAAUGAAAAAGUAUGUUUCAUUUCAUUUUUAAUAUCCAAAUGAAAAUAAUUGUUUUUGUCGUCUGAUAGACCAAAGAUAAUUAAUUAUGCAAGAAUGUAUAUGAGCAAUGACCUAGAUCUUGAAAAAUUUGGUCAGCACAUAUGAAACUUUGAUUUCACGUCAACAUUCGAAUUAAAUUCAUUUCAUUUGUCAGACACUCUCUUUUUCUGAUGAUUUUUUGGGUAAAGAAUACUGUAAAUUCAGAAAUUAUUGCUUGCAUUUAUUAUUGCGAUUUUGGCAUUUUAGACUAAAAUGCGAUUUUAAUUUUUGCGAUAUGGAGAAAAAUCCUGUUUACUUCAUAUAUAAAAUUUCAAAAUGCGAGUUUAAAUUAUUGCGAUUAUAACCCUGUCGCAUUAAUCGCAAUAAUAAAAACAUCGCAAUAAUUUCUGAAUUUGCAGUACAUAAAAAACAAUCAAAACCCUUAUGGUACUGAAUUGAUAUUUAGAUCUUCCAAGGUUCAUAACUACCUUUAAUAGUUCAAACAAAUUAGUGCAGUGAAUCCUAUCCAGUCAAUGUCAUGCAAUUUAUAGAUAUUCAAGUUACAAUAUGAUGUGUAUUUGAAUUGAUACUUAUCAAGAAAUCUGUUUUUAUAAUUAAAUGCAUGCAUCAUCAGCAUGGCAUAUGAAUCUGUUAUAAAAAUAGGUUCAACUACAAAUGUACAACCAUGAAAAUCAAACCCAAAUUUAUAAUUUCCUAAGCUAAAUAUAAUUCAAUGUCACAAAAUUGCAAAAUUGAGAGCAAUCUUUACCCUUCAUUGUCAAUAUUUCUACAUAAUCAAAACUAAUCCUUAUUUUGUUUUACUUCUAUUUCGUGGAGGCCAGUUUUUAUUGAUGGAGGAAGCAGGAGUGCCCUGGAGAGAACCACCCACCUUUGGCAGGAAAACUGGCAAUCCUAGUCAAUUAAGAUUGCACCUGCCUCUUCAUUUUUAUACGCCCGUCAAAUUUAUGACGGGACGUAUUAUGUUAUACAAAUAUCCGGCGUCCGUCUGUCUGUCUGUCUGUCCGUCUGUCCGUCUGUCUGUCUGGCGUAAACAUGUCGCAUCGUAACUUGAGAAUGACUUAUCCAAAUUUCAUGAAACUUAACAUAGUUGUUUCUUAUGAUGGUCAAACGAUCUGUAUACUUUUUGGUGAAAAUAAGAUUAAAACUUUUUGAGUUACGGGACUUAGUAACUAAAACAGGUGUGUGUUUUUUUUUCACAUGUCGCGCCGUAUCUCAAAAAUAAUUUAUGAUUAUUGCUUAAAACUUUACACACUUCUUAGUUAUAUUAAUCUUAAGAUCUGUAUACUUUUUGGUGAUGAUUCAAAAUUUUAUUUUUGAGUUAUUGAGUAUUUUGUUAAAAAAGGGGGAGGGGUUUUUCACAUGUCGCGCCGUAUCUCAAAAAUAAUUUAUGAUUAUUGCUUAAAAUUUUACACACUUCUUAGUUAUAUUAAUCUAAAGAUCUGUAUACUUUUUGGUUUUGAUUCAAAAUUUUUUUUUUGAGAUAUUGAUUUUUUUUUUUUAAAAAGGGGUGUUUUCACAUGUCGCGCCUUAUCUCAAAAACGAUUUAUGAUUAUUACUUAAAAUUUUACAUACUUCUUAGUUAUAUUAAUCUAAAGAUCUGUAUACUUUUUGGUUUUGAUUCAAAAUUUUAUUUUAGAGAUAUUGAGUUUUUUGUAAAAAAAAAAAAGGGGGUUUUCGCAUGUCAUGCCGUAUGUCAGAAACUAUGUAUGCUUAUUGCAUAAAAAUUCACACACAAGACGACGGGCGUAUCAUGCGCUCAUGGCGCAGCUGUUUAUUAGCUCUUAUCUUAUGUUUUUGGAUGAAAUCAUUGCAUACCUAGUAAAUCAUGAAAAUGAAUUCUACAAAACACCCGCAAUCUCAUGUAGAUCAACAUAUUUCUAAAGUUUUCAACUAUAGAUUCAUGUGCUAGUACAUUCAUCCAAUACAUUCUAUGAAGUAGAGCUUUUUCCAAGUUCAUCCACUAGUCAUGUUCUUCCCAAUGUUUAUAGUGGUCCUGGCAUAUCUCUCUUCAAUUUCUAUACAAUUUCCUUUUCCAGCUAAAUUCGUCGAAAUUGUCACAAUUCCAUUACAUUUUGGUAGACAUGUGUCCAAAUGUAAUUUGUAUGCCUGAACAUUCAUUAGGUCAAUCCUGGGUUUUGUGAAUAUGGGCGGGUUUUCAAGCAAUUUUUUGUUAUUCUGCCAAAAAUUCAACUUGCAGAAACUAAAUUAUCAUGAAAAGUACUAUUUCCAUGAAAAUAAAAUUUCAACCUAUUUUGAGUGGAAAUUAUAGAUCCUAGCUCUUUAUGUUGUAAAGUGUAAGUGAUUAUAGGAUUAAACACAUUUUUUCUAGAGAUUGAUGUGUAAACUGGGGCGAUUUACUCACAAACUGAAUAAAAGUCCAAAGCACUUUUAUGGAAAGUUUGUGAGUCAGCUACCUAGUUUACACACCAAUAACCUCUAGAAAAAAUGUGUUUAAUCCUUAUAAUUCUUAACCCAAACAUUUGCAAUUUUUGAUUAACAAUUUUUUGGUACAUUGGCAACUAUUUACCAUCAAAUGCACAAUUGACAUUUCAUAACUAAGGAGUAAGCCGCCAUAUUGACUUUCUGAAAUCUAUAAAUGUUCAAUUAAUGCAAUAGAAUCUAAAAUGAAAUAACACCUACCUCAAAAACUUCAUUUUAAUGAGAUAUUAUUUAAAAAUGGAAGCGUACAAGAAAUCUUCAUCUUGAGAGUUUUCAUUUGCAUGACGUCAAGUUUUCCCAUGCCGUUAAUGCGCCAAGCUCAUUCUUAAAAUUUCACAGAAUUUUAUAUUAUUGUAAAAGAGGGACGAAAGAUACUAGAGGGACAGUCAAACUCAUAGAUCGAAAACAAACUGACAAUGCCAUGGCCAAAAAUAAAAAGACAAACAGACAAACAAUAGUACAGAUGACACAACAUAGAAAACCAAAGACUAAGCAGCACGAACCCCACCAAAAACUGGGGUGAUCUCAGGUGCUCCGGAAGGGUAAACAGAUCCUGCUCCACAUGUGGCACCCGUCGUGUUGCUUAUGUUAUUACAAAUCCGGUAAAUAGUCUAAUUCAGUAAGUCACAUUCGUGAAAAGGGAGGGGUAUUGUAGUUACGACAUAAGGAACAUAUCCGAUUGGGAAGCUGAAAUCAUCUCUUUAGUCGUAAAGUUUUGUUUUCAACCGACCCUCAUUGUCAAUUUCUAGAUGUAAAUCAAGAUAUGAGGCAGACUUAACUGUAUCUGUAGUAUCCUUUAUCUCUAGUUCGAUGGGAUAGAUUCGUUCAACAUAGUCACCAAAUUAUGUAUUAUUUAGUGAGAGAACAUCAUCUAUAUAGCGGAACGUAGAGUUAAAGGAUAUUGCUAACUUCUUAUCUUUCUUCCUAAGAAGUUUCUGUAUGAAGUCAGCCUCAUAAUAAUAAAUUUUACAUUUUCCAAGCUUUGAUGCAUUAUUUCAUUUUAUUAUUUAUUAUAUAGAAAUAACAGUUAUGUAUUUGUUUUGUCAAUCUCAAUUUGCUUGAACAUCUUGAUCCCACGCAUCUGUAUCACGCAUUGGCACUCAUACCACAUCUUCUUAUAUCUAUUUGUAAAUAGAAUCUAUAUGUUAUUAUUGAAAUUACAAUAAAUUUAUUACUAUAUAACA